GCAAGGCUGCCCUAGCAAUUGCCUGACUACCGCUACCGCAGCGGCCGCGCGACCCGUAGGAGCCCGCAGACAUCGCCUGUCCGGCGGGGCGCGUUGAGCUGAACGGCCCCGGUGGUGGGCGGGCGGCGCGAGGACGACGGGCGGCCCAGCCAGGGUCCUCACGGGUCCUUGCGGGUCCUCGGCGGGCCCGGGGGAGGGCCCUCUUUGUGGCUGCAGUUGGCAAGAUGGCGCCGGUGGGGGUGGAGAAAAAGCUGCUGCUGGGCCCCAACGGGCCCGCUGUGGCUGCUGCCGGCGACCUCACCAGUGAGGAGGAGGAGGGCCAGAGCCUGUGGUCUUCGAUCCUGAGUGAAGUGUCCACCCGCGCCAGGUCCAAGCUACCGUCGGGCAAGAACAUCCUGGUUUUCGGUGAAGAUGGUUCUGGUAAAACAACUCUUAUGACUAAACUACAAGGAGCAGAGCAUGGCAAAAAAGGAAGAGGCCUAGAGUAUCUCUACCUCAGUGUUCAUGAUGAGGACCGAGAUGAUCACACGCGUUGCAAUGUAUGGAUUCUGGAUGGAGAUCUGUACCACAAAGGCCUGUUGAAGUUUGCAGUUUCUGCUGAAUCUUUGCCAGAGACCCUGGUCAUUUUUGUUGCAGACAUGUCUAGACCUUGGACUGUGAUGGAAUCUUUACAGAAGUGGGCUAGUGUUUUGCGUGAACACAUUGAUAAAAUGAAAAUUCCACCAGAAGAAAUGAGGGAGCUGGAGCGGAAGUUUGUGAAAGAUUUUCAAGACUAUAUUGAGCCUGAAGAAGGUUGUCAGGGUUCCCCACAGAGAAGAGGGCCUCUGAUCUCAGGCUCAGAUGAAGAAAAUGUUGCCCUGCCUCUAGGUGACAACGUGCUGACUCAUAACUUGGGGAUCCCAGUGUUGGUGGUGUGCACAAAGUGUGAUGCAGUGAGCAUCCUGGAGAAGGAACAUGAUUACAGGGACGAGCACUUGGACUUCAUCCAGUCGCACCUGCGGAGGUUCUGCCUGCAGUAUGGAGCUGCCUUGAUUUAUACAUCAGUGAAGGAGGAGAAAAAUCUCGAUUUGUUGUAUAAGUACAUUGUUCAUAAAACAUACGGUUUCCACUUUACCACGCCUGCCUUAGUAGUGGAAAAGGAUGCAGUAUUUAUACCUGCAGGUUGGGACAAUGAAAAGAAAAUAGCUAUUUUACAUGAAAAUUUUACAACCGUGAAGCCAGAAGAUGCAUAUGAGGACUUCAUUGUGAAACCUCCUGUGAGAAAGCUGGUCCAUGACAAAGAGUUGGCAGCAGAGGAUGAGCAGGUGUUCCUAAUGAAGCAACAGUCACUCCUUGCCAAGCAGCCAGCCACGCCCACGAGAGCCUCCGAAUCCCCUGCGAGAGGACCUUCUGGCUCUCCAAGGACCCAGGGCCGGGGAGGGCCAGCCAGUGUACCAAGUGCCUCCCCAGGAACAUCAGUAAAGAAGCCCGACCCAAACAUCAAAAAUAAUGCAGCCAGUGAAGGGGUGUUGGCCAGCUUCUUCAAUAGUCUUCUGAGUAAAAAAACAGGCUCUCCUGGAAGUCCUGGUGCUGGUGGAGUGCAGAGCACAACCAAGAAGUCAGGACAAAAGACUGUGUUGUCAAAUGUUCAGGAAGAACUGGAUAGAAUGACUCGAAAACCAGACUCCAUGGUAACAAACUCUUCAACAGAAAAUGAAGCCUGAUCCUCCUGAAAAAGUGCACAUGUCAAAUGACCAAAUAACUAUGUAUAUUGAUCUGCUAAGACCAGGAUUUUUCUGAUAUGGCACAUGCUAUCAGUUUUUUGGGGAAGGGGAGAUGAACUCUUUAAAAAAAAAAAAAAAACUUUAUUGGCUUGUCCGAGUGUGAAAUGCACAUUUAGGAAGAUUACGUGGCAGACCCCUUGUUAAGGAUAACCCUUGGACUCUCGGGCAUGUGGCUCUCGUGGGAAGCGAGCGUAACUGGGCUUCUUGUAGUGCAGAGAAAGGGGGCCCACUUUUCUGUUGGGGUGGAGCAAAUGAGACCAGGAAAUCAUUAUCAGUUGGUGGUUAGUCUGACCAGUUGCGUGUUAGCAAAUUCACUUGUUCUUGGGAAGCAGAUUAAGUAGCAGAAAGUCCAGAAAAGAGAAAGAUUGAAAGGAGAAAUGAGAAACGAGAGACGUGAUGGAGGGGAAGCCGGACGUGGAGGGAGGUGGAGGAAGAAAGAGAGAUGAGCAGUGUUAGUAAAUACUGUGUGUUCAGUAGAAGUCAAAUAAUCAUUGUUUAAGAAUUAAAAUUAGAAGCAUUUCCAAACUAAACACUAAGAAAAAUGGGAUUUAGACUUGUUCUGAAUGCAUUUAGCUUAUGGAGGAUACAUUAAGUGUGGGGGGCCUGAGUCAGGUGGAGCUGACACAGGAUUGGGAAGAUGGUCAGUUGCCCAGGACCCACAUGCCUGGCUCAAGCCUUGUCCUUGGGGAGAUGUUGGGUUCCAUGCAUGUGCAUCGUGGGGCAGGCAGUCACUGUGGGCUGUGAUCAAAGUCAGCAAAAUUAGUUUACUUUGAGUUGUGUUUUCUAAAUAGCUCCUGCUUUGUUAUUGUUUAUUUUACUUUAUUUUAUUUUUUUAAACUACCACAGGCUGGCCUACUAGUAGAAAAUGGGUAAUCAACCUCUCAUUCUACCAUAAUGCAAUGUGCUACAGAAAGUUUGGGGGAGGUUUUUAAUGUAAUUGUACUCUGGUUAAUUGUCUUGCACCAAUCCCUGCCUUACAGUCUGUGGAAACUUUCAUGGAGUUCCACUAAUGCAAAAGGUCUUGUCCUAGCUCCCUGGUCUGAUCAUUGCUAUCAGAUGAACAAAUAAGUGUGAAUGUUUUAUAGUGAAAACAAAAAUGAUAUAAUUUCUUUUGUGUUUUUCAUAAAAUGUAGCAUUUUUUUUUUCUUACGGAAGUGAGUGUUUUAGGUAUCUCCCCAUUUGGGGCAGAUUCAUGCACAUUGUCAUGUCACAUCACCAUUCUGGGAAUGAAUUCUGUGGAUUUGAGAUGGCACUUUUAAUUUUAUAAAUGACACAGCAUUUAAAUGCAAACACUACCAUGAAUUUAAUGUAUAAAACAUUUGUUGUCAAACCAAGGGAAAUACCACAGUUCACUUACGUGGCGUUUACUUUUUUAUAUAAAUGUUUGUUGUACUGUGUCUCAGCAUAACUUCCCUAAUGUCAUUACUUUUACAUACCAGAUUUGGUUGACCACUAACAUAAUACUGGGCAUAACUUAAUAUCCUUAUGUUAUAUAACAAAACUCUUAAAAUUGUCUUGAAUUGCUUUUGUAAAGGUCUGAACACUGUUAAGAAGAAAGCUGCGUAUUCACUUGCCUUUCUGACAAAUGAAAAAAUGUUUCUUGUGCCAGUUUUGUUGUUGAAAUAUAUUAUUUUUUCCUUUUUUUAAUUCAGUUUUUUUUUUUUUUUUAACAUGUAUCGUGGCUUCCAAUUACCAGGUUGUCUAGGUGAUGGCAGUAAACUGACUGUGGAGUGGUAGUUGUGGUGUAGCAACCAGUAGAUGCCAAACAGUUCAUGGCCACGCUAAAGGUGGGGGUCACUUAAUCCCUCUGUAGUAGCUGGGGGCAAAAUGAAUAACCUCAGAAGCAAGAAAAAAAUUCUUGGAAAGGCACAUGCCUAAGAGGGAUACAGUGUGAUUAUAAAUAGUAAUGCAAAAUUUAAUUUUUUUUUAAUCAUUUGAACUGAUAAGCACUUUUUGUGUCAGUGUAAGAUGUUGUAAAGCCUAUGAAAAUACUAAGGUGCCGGUCUUGUGAAGGAAGGUUUCUUGGAGACCACUUUUAUUCUCAUGACAAAUGGAUGUUCCUAGUAUCAGAAGAAACUGAUGCAUAGUGUCAUGUGCUCAGUGGUUGCCAAAGUCUACCAACUUUGGGGGAGCUUCAGGGUUCUUUUUAGAGGGUGGGAGGGGAGAAGAUUUCUGUUAUUUGGGGGUUUUCAAGCAUUGGAACCAAAGGCCAAAUAAUAAGCAGCCUUUACUUUUUAAAAUAAAAUUCAUUUUAUUUGCAGACUACACAUGUAGGUAGACAGUUAAAGACAAUUUUAUGACUUAUUUAUACACAUUAUUAUAGUGGUUACAUCUGCUGUUUGUUUUUAAAGUGGAAAAAUCAAAGAAAAAUAAGCCCAACCUAGAAGAUGUGGCCCAAAUAAAGGCCAUGUAUUGGUCUUUCCUAAAAAUGCAACAGGUAUGCUGCUAGAUUACUUUAUUUUGUUUGCACUUUUUUUUAAUUGGCAUUUUAAAAUCAGUAUUUAAACUGAAAACAUUGUCAUGUUUUAUUAAUUUAAUGAAUUUGAAAGUGACUGCUCUGUACAUCAUGACCUUAACAAUGUUGAUGCUGUAAGUGAAAGUUCACUGUCGUCUAUAUGCUAAGUUCAUUGGUGUUUUWAACUUAAAAUAGGACUGCAGAUUAUCCCCCACCAGCCUUAGUCCAGAGGUGUGGCUCUAUCCGGGUGCAGUAUGCAGUCUUGUGGAACCUUACUCUCUAGUGCUGGGGAAAAAAAAAAAGAUGUCUCUAAUUACUGGCUUCAAUAAACACGAAUCCAGACUGCUUA